AUGAGCAUAGAGAACGCGUGCAUUGCAGUCUCUUCUGGAAUAGAUAUUAUAAAAGUUAACCAUCAGGUAGUCCUCGAGCACGCAAAGAUGACUGUUACACCAAGUAUCUCUAUCAACGAUGGAAAACUUGUGGUUCAUGGGAAAACAAUGCUCACUGGGGUGCCAGACAACAUUGUGCUCACCCACGGUUCAGGUGUGGGGGUUGUUGCUGGUGCAUUCAUUGGUGCUACUGCUUCACAAAGCAAGAGCCUGCAUGUCUUCCCUGUUGGUGUCUUAGAGGAUGUCCGCUUCAUGUGUUUGUUCCGUUUCAAGCUUUGGUGGAUGACUCAGAGGAUGGGAACCUGUGGAAAGGAGAUUCCCCUGGAGACCCAAUUCAUGCUUGUGGAGAGCAAAGAAACAACUGAAAGCGAGUGUGAAGAUACUCCAACCAUCUAUACUGUCUUGUUGCCUCUCCUUGAAGGCCAAUUCCGUGCAGUUCUUCAAGGCAAUGAAAAUAAUGAGCUGGAGAUCUGCCUUGAGAGUGGUGAUAAUGCUGUUGAAACCAACCAAGGACUUUACCUUGUUUACAUGCAUGCUGGGACCAAUCCUUUUGAAGUCAUCAACCACGCUGUGAAAGCUGUUGAGCAACAUUUGCAAACUUUUCAUCACCGAGAGGAGAAGAAGUUGCCCUCAUUGCUUGACUGGUUCGGUUGGUGCACGUGGGAUGCUUUCUACACUGAUGUCACUGCCGAAGGUGUUGAAGAAGGCCUUAAGAGCUUGUCUGACGGAGGUACACCUCCACGUUUCCUGAUAAUAGAUGAUGGCUGGCAACAAAUUGGUAGUGAGGUCAAGGAAGACACUAAUUGUAUCGUGCAAGAAGGCGCACAGUUUGCCAACAGGCUAACGGGAAUAAAGGAAAACACAAAAUUCCAAAAGAAUAAAAAGAAUGAAGAAAAUGAAUCAGGCCUCAAACACGUAGUGGAUGAAGCCAAGCAACGCCACAGUGUUAAGUAUGUAUACGUAUGGCAUGCACUCGCAGGUUACUGGGGUGGAGUGCAGCCAGCCGGUUCUGGUAUGGAACAUUAUGAUACUGCUUUGGCGUACCCCGUUCAGUCUCCUGGUGUACUAGGCAACCAACCCGAUAUUGUUAUGGACAGCCUUGCAAUUCACGGUUUGGGUCUGGUGCACCCAAAGAAAGUUUUCAAUUUCUACAAUGAGCUUCAUGCCUAUCUGGCUUCUUGUGGAGUAGAUGGAGUCAAAGUUGAUGUACAGAAUAUCAUUGAGACUCUUGGUGCUGGGCAUGGUGGCCGAGUUUCUCUUACUCGUAGCUACCACCAGGCACUAGAAGCCUCAAUAGCUCGAAAUUUUACUGAUAAUGGAUGCAUUGCUUGCAUGUGUCAUAAUACUGAUGGCAUAUACAGUGCCAAGCAGACUGCUGUAGUUCGAGCUUCUGACGAUUAUUAUCCUCGUGAUCCUGCUUCUCACACCAUCCAUAUCUCGUCUGUGGCCUACAACACAGUGUUCUUGGGAGAGUUCAUGCAACCUGAUUGGGAUAUGUUCCACAGCCUACACCCAGCUGCUGAGUAUCAUGCUGCAGCUCGAGCUAUUGGAGGAUGUCCAAUUUAUGUUAGUGACAAGCCUGGUAACCACAAUUUCGAGCUUUUGAAAAAACUGGUGCUUCCCGAUGGAUCAGUUCUCCGUGCACAAUUACCCGGGCGACCCACAAUUGACUGUCUCUUCAUUGAUCCAGCUAGAGACGGGACAAGCUUGCUUAAAAUCUGGAACGUGAACAAAUGUUGUGGAGUGGUUGGCAUUUUCAACUGCCAAGGUGCUGGUUGGUGCAAGGUAACAAAGAAGACGCGAAUUCAUGAUGCCUCUCCUGGAACUCUGUCUGGUUCUGUUCAAGCCACUGAUGUUGAUGCCAUAGCUCAGAUUGCUGGACAAGAUUGGAAUGGGGAUACAAUAGUUUAUUCCCCUAGAACAGGGGACGUUGUUCGAUUGCCAAAAGGUGCUUCAGUGCCUGUUACACUUCGAGUCCUCGAUUAUGAACUCUUCCACUUCUGUCCCGUCAAGGAUGUUACAACAAACAUUUCCUUUGCCCCAAUCGGCUUACUUGAUAUGCUCAACUCUAGUGGUGCGGUGGAGCAAUUCGAAGUCCAUUUAACGUCUCAGAUGAAACCUGAGAACAUUGAUGGUGAGGUUACCUCUGAACUUCCUUUAAGCGAAAAUACAAAAGCUACCAUUGUUCUCAAGGUGAGGGGAUGUGGACGGUUUGGCAUCUAUUGUUCUCAGCGUCCGAUCAAAUGCAAGGUGGGCAAUACUGAGACUGAGUUUAACUACGAAGGUGCGACCGGAUUGGUGACUAUGAAAAUCCCUGUACCACAAGAGGAAAUGUACAGAUGGUCGAUUGAAAUCCAAAUCUGA